AUGGGUAACACACACAAUGUGACCGAAUUCGUUUUUCUGGGACUUUCUUCCAAUCAGGAUGUACAGAAAGUUUUCUUUGUGCUGUUUCUGUUUUUGUACACAGCAGUUGUGCUGGGGAAUCUCCUCAUUGUGCUCAUUGUCAUGACCAGCAGAAGGCUUGGUUCCCCCAUGUACUUCUUCCUCAGCUAUCUAUCCUUUGUGGAGAUCUGCUACUCCUCUACAACAGCACCCAAACUCAUCUCGGAUUUGCUGGCUGAAAGGAAAGCAAUUUCUUUGUGGGGCUGCAUGACACAGCUUUUUUUCAUGCACUUCUUCGGUGGCACUGAGAUCCUCCUGCUCACUGUGAUGGCCUAUGACCGCUAUGUGGCCAUCUGUAGGCCCCUCAACUAUACCGUUAUGAUGAACCGGCAGGUAUGCGCUGUCCUGGUGGGAAUGGCAUGGGUGGGAGGCUUUGUACAUUCCUUUGCCCAAAUCCUUUUGAUCUUCCACUUGCCCUUCUGCGGUCCCAAUGUGAUUGACCACUAUUUCUGUGACCUGCUUCCUGUGCUCAAACUUGCCUGCUCUGACACCUUCCUCAUUGGUGUGCUGAUUGUUGCCAAUGGGGGGACCUUGUCUGUGAUCAGCUUUGGGAUCAUCUUAGCCUCCUACGUGGUCAUUUUGCUCCAUUUGAGGACUCGAAGCUCUGAGGGGCGGAGCAAGGCCCUCUCCACCUGUGGGUCCCAUAUCACUGUGGUUACCUUAUUCUUUGGGCCAUGUAUCUUCAUCUAUCUGAGGCCUUCUACCACCUUGUCUGCAGACAAGACAGUGGCUGUGUUCUACACAGUGAUCACCCCACUCCUCAACCCUGUCAUUUACUCCCUAAGAAAUGCUGAAGUGAAGAAGGCCAUGAAGAAGCUGUGGAUCAGGACGAUGAAGCUAGAAGAGAAAUAG